UGACAGUAAAAAAAAAUGUAAGUUGGAGAGAGACAAAUCAAUCACAGAUCCAAAUUGUCGCAAGAAAAGUCUCUCAAACAUAACCAUAAACAUUUGUUAAUUAACUUCUCCUAUUGUUUUCCACUGCACUCUGUCUCAAAUCUUUCAAUUUGUCUCAAACCCCACAACAAAGGUUAUACAAUGGUGGGAAUAACAUUACUUUUAGAUCUAUGGAGGAAAAACCAAAGCUUUAACAUGGCACAGUCCUAUCCUUCUUCAUGGCUUUUUUCUGCAUCUGCCACUGCUGCUUCCAUUUCUGCUGGUGCUUCUUUUGCUUCAAGGGAUUUCUUUGGUUUCAGGACACCAGUAGCUUAUUGUGACUCAGGAGUGGCAAUUUCCGAUGAUUUUCUUUCCGGCGUUCGAACCUCGUCGGGGAAAUAUUUUUAUCAUGAUUCUCUAAAGUAUAGUACAAAGAGCUACAAUAUUGAACUUAAACCAUUGUGGUCUGCUUUUGAGUUGAGGUCAUUUGCAUUGAUUUCAUUGAGAUCAUUAUUGAUGUUUUAUCUUCCUCUUUUGGAGCCUCAUGCAAAGAUGGAACAAGAUGAAGAUGAUUUUCUUCAACAUGAACUUCGUAGUAAUUUGUCUCUUCCUUUUAAAAAGUCAGUGUUGCAAGUCAUUCGUGAGGUUACUGUUGUGACAACUAGACGCAUUUUAGAAAGAAUUACUUUCCAUUAUGUUUCAAGAAAAAUGGCAUGGAGACUUCUUAAAGAUGUUCCGACAUCAGCUGUUCGCAAGGCAGGAAGGGGAAUGUCAACUUCAACUUACUUCAUUUCUGUGAGCAGAGCAACUUUAAGAGGGCAUAUGCUUGGUGUUGCAGCAUCAUGGGUUGUCCAAGUAGGGGUUAGAAUAUUUCAAUUAUUUACAUAUAAGUCAAGAAAUGAGGAUGUUAGUGUUGACAAAGGUGAGAGAAUUAGAAUUUUCAAAGACAAAGUUAUCAUAGCCACAAUUAGAUGCAAUGCAUCUUUAAUUUUUGCAUCUAUUGGUGGAGGGAUUGGAGCUACCCUUUUUCGUCCUUCAAUUGGCCAAUGGAUUGGUUGUGCUAUUGGUGAUUUGACUGGUCCGGUUAUUGUAGCAGUUUGUGCUAACAGAGUUUUUCACUUGAAUCUUUAGUGUUGUUUAUAUUUUUCUUACAAAUUCAUUUACUAUUUCAAAUAAGACUGAUGUAUCAAGGAUUUAAUAUUUUUUUGUAUGCCAUUUCUGAUUUAACAAAAUCCAAGAAAGGAGCUUGUUGCUGUU